AUGAUUCCAAAGUGCUAUGAGGAAAGCUCUACUGACCUCCAGGGAAAUUCAGAUCCAGGCCCAGGCUUUGUGGUGGAUGGGCCYUCUAAAUCCCAAGUAGAGCAAAGUGAAAAAAAGCAAGACUUGAAAACAUGUUACAGUGAUAAAAAGGAGCACGUUUAUAUUAAUGUGAAACACAAAACUGCCAAGAAACAGCRGAGAAGACAAGGAACAGAAGGGAACAAGGAUACCAAGAACAAAGGUUCUCCUCUUUCACCUAUUACCCGCUGGAUUAUUGCAGCAAUUCUCGGGAUUCUCUUCUUGGCAUUGCUGGGAAUAACAGUGGGUUUUAUUACCAAGGGCUGUCCAUGUCUAUGCUACCCUGAGCAAUGGGUGACCUACAGAAGCAGGUGCUACUUMUUCUCCAAGGAGAAGAAGGACUGGAAUUCCAGCCGGGAAUCCUGCUGGGCACAGGGAGCUCAUCUCCUGGUCAUCGGCAAUACCAGGGAAAGGGACUUCUUCCUGAUACAACACACCAAACCCCACUGGAUUGGUUUACAGAAGAAUGCUGAUGGUGACUGGGCCUGGGAAGAUGGCUCAAAACUGAGUGACAAAAAAGUCGUGACCAACAGCCCUGCACAGAAGUGUGCCGUUCUGCUGGAUGGUGCCAUCCAUGCUUCCAGCUGUGAAGUCCCUACCCCAUGGAUCUGUGAGAAAUCUGUUCAGUGUCCUCUGUGGACCUUGUCUUAGGAAGUGUUCUUUGGAGAACUGUGCUAAGGCCUGAUUCCUGUGAAGUUUCUCGUAGGGGAGCUGUGCUCCUUGCUCCUGUGCCACCUGCCAUAGUGGAAGGAAUGAAGGUAGCUGCCACAGGAGGUCUGAGUGCUGCUCCUGGCUCCAUUCAGGAUCACUCUCGUGAUGYUCAUUUUCAUAGCCCUCAGUUAGUGAUAGGCAGUCUCAAAGCGGUAGAGAAGAGGGAGGAGAUAUUUCUCUGAGUUGYUCAGUCAUUUUCAGAGGUAUUUGAAGACUGUCACUACUGUCCUGAAAUCCUAGGGAGAGAUGACCUUGUGAUCUGUGAGCUCACACAARCUCUGAGUUUAUUUCCCUCUCUUGUAAUCCCUGAUGAUGUGCACCAAAGCUUAAAGUUAGCCUGAAGUUGGAAGUUGCCYUGUUAUUCCAGGUGGUUGGAUCAGAUGAUAUCCACAGGACCYUUCUAAUCUAAAUUCUUCUGUGGUUUAUGUUUGUACCUAGAGAAAACUGGUGCAUGGCUUCUAGAGUUACACUGCUGUGUAAAUAGCUGUGAAGGAGUAAACCUGCUAUCCUGCUGAGACAAAAAU